AAACGCUAUUGCCAUUUGGAUAUGCAUUCUUGCAUUCUUGGAUUGCGAUAUGAACGGCAUGUAUGAGAAUCGCCGCAUUUGGACAACAAAUAACGGAUACGUGCAAAAUCAUGUGCGGCCAAUUACAGGCAAUCUCAGCAUACAGAGUACCGACUCAGCGCCAGACAACGCGUCAUAUUUGCCUGGCGUUCAUGGGUCUAACAGCGCGCUAAGCAAACGUCCGCCCCAUAAUUCCACCUUCGUCGGCGUUCAAUCGAAAUUUCGACGGAAAUAUUACCACAAGACCUUGAUUGGUGUGCUCAUACUAUUGAUAAUCAUUUUACUCAUUACAUUAAUAAUCGUAUGUUUAAGUCGUCGCACGCACACGGAAGUGUGUCGCAGCAAAGAGUGCCUACGCACAGCGGCGGCGCUCAUCUACUCAAUGGACGAAGAGACUGAUCCCUGUGAGGACUUUUACAAAUUCACCUGUGGCCAUUGGGCGGACGAUCAUCCCAAACCCGAUUCGACCACAUCAAAUGACUGGUUUCGUGAGCGACAAGCGAAAAUUAUGCGCACUCUACGCACCUUCCUGCAAGCGAACAUCAGCGAUGAGGAGCCGGCCGCUGUGGGGAAAGCGAAAACAAUGUAUCGAGCCUGCCUGAACUCGGAGCUAUUAGAUAAACGUGAACUCGAACCACUAAUAGGCUACCUGAGAAAAUUUGAGCUGCCACUAGUGCCGAGCAAUUUCAAUGUGUCGCUAUCGGCGGAGAUGAAGCGAAAGUAUGGCGAAGAUGGUGAGUUCAAUUGGUUGCGUAGCUUGGUGCUCAUCAAAAAGAAUUUAGGCAUGGAUUUGGUGGUGGGUUUCGAUAUUUUUGCCGAUCCGGUAAAUCGUACAGUUAAUCGCAUCGCAUUGGGCACACCUGAAACUGAUUCCGCGCUCCCAUUCAACAAAGAUGAUAUGCACAAGUUAUUGAACAAAAUCAAACGAAAAGUGAUAGCCAAUCAUGAUGAGAAUGAUGAGGAUGGCGAAGAAUUGGAGGACGAGAUGGAAGAGGCGGAGAAACACACUUCCUCUGGUUUAUUGGCUUAUGUGGAGUACAUCAAGAAAAUGCUUGAACUCUACUUACUGUAUGUAAAUCCAGAUGCGGAGGUAGAAUCCAGUGAGGAAGCAAUUGCGGAAGCGGCCUUGCAAGUUGUUAAAUUCGCGAAGAAGAUGUAUAGGCUAAAAGACAAUGCAGAAAAUACUACCAAAACUUUGAUGAAUCCCAUGGAGGACAUCGUUUACAUAUCUGUCGACGAUCUGCAGAAUCUAACAGACAGCCUAAUAGCACCCAACACCGUACUCAACUGGACGCAAUACUUGCUGCUGAUGAUGCAGGAGGCAAAUCACUCACAACGAUUCAAUCUCUCCGAGUUAACAAUCAUUACCAGCCACGCAGACAUCGUAUACCUGCAAAGCAUAUCGGAAUAUUUAUUAGACGCCCCACCAACCCAAAUCGAACUCUAUAUUUGGCUAAGUGUUGUCGAGGAGCUAAUAUUGCACACCACCAGCGACAUGCGUCUGCUACACUACGAAUAUAUGCGAGUGAUUGUUGGCACCGAGGGCAGUUCACCGCGCUCCCUCUAUUGUGCGCAUGGCGUAAACAGUCUUUUGGGUAUGGCCGUUAGCUAUGUACUGGCCGAUGACGAAUUCACACGUCACAAGUUGCCCAAAGUGGAGCGUAUGCUGAGCGAUAUACGGCAUGCAUUUGAUACGUUAGUGCGUCGCACCUCGUGGAUGGAUGAGGAGACCAAGCGUGAAACGUUGCAAAAGUCAGCUUCCAUGAAUAGUUUUAUUGGCUUUCCGGAAUGGUUGCGCAAUGCAACGGCACUGGACGAGCACUAUGCCGGUGUGCAGGUGAACGAGAGCACACACCUGGAGAACAUGAUUGGAGUGCUGCGUUGGGAAAUGCAAGAAAAAUUGGAUAAUUUCUACCGACCUGAGCCACUCGGUUGGGCCACAUCGCCAUCAAAUGUCAAUGCCUUUCACACUUUUCAACAUAAUACGAUAACUAUUCCCAUUGCCAUAUUGCAAUAUCCUUUCUAUGACCUCGGCAUGGAAGCGUUGAACUAUGGCUCCGUCGGCACCAUAUUGGGACACGAGCUAACACAUGGUUUCGAUGACAGUGGCCGAAUGUUCGACAAGAAUGGCAACAUGGUGCAGUGGUGGUCAAAUGAGACAAUCAAGGAAUACAUAAACCGUACGGAAUGUUUCGUAGAUCAAUACAGCCAUUAUUAUCUGCCCGACAUUGGGGAAUAUAUCGAUGGCGAAUUAACACUGGGCGAAAAUAUUGCCGAUAAUGGGGGCAUGAGGGAGGCUUUUCACGCUUAUCGCAAGUACGUAAAGGAAAUGGGGGCUGAAUCGACAAAAUUACCAGGAUUGGAGAAAUAUUCAAAUGAGCAGCUUUUCUUUAUUUCCUUCGGUAAUUUGUGGUGUGAAACAUAUACACCGGCGGCAUCACGUUAUGCGCUCGAAGAUUCACACUGUCCGGGUAAAAUACGGCUGAAGGGUGUGCUAUCUAAUUCGGAAGAGUUUGCGCAGACUUUUAAGUGCAAGCGGGGCACAGGCAUGAAUCCUGACCAAAAAAAGUGUCGCAUUUGGUGAAUGGAAGAAGAAAUCUACAAAGGAAAUAAGUAAUUUAGUAUUAAGAAAACUUGAAAAUUUUAUAAAGUAAAGAAAACCAUUAAAGUAAAAGUGAUUAAAAACACCUUACGUGGUAAAAAAAAAACGUAAUAUCUAGGGCUACAAAAACGAUUUUUAUCUAAAACGCCGCUUUUUUUUAGAGUUUCGUUUUUACUUACCAAUACCGAACCGAAAACCACAUCAAAAACUGUUAACAUGGUUGUUUUUUUUUUGGCAACUCCGUGAGGUGUACUUUUUUAUUGUAAUCCAGAAUCACAUCUAUUGUUGUCUUAAGCAGUUUGGUCAUAAUUCUAAAAUUGAAAACAAGUAAUUUUUAAGCAAAAAACAAAACUGACUUCAAAUCUCAUAUAAAAAUUUAGGAGUACCGGUAAUUUUUUCAUGAUCCAAUGAUCGCAUCUAAACCAGUUUAGUAAGGGACCGCCUCUGAGAUACUACCUUUCCGAUGCGAAGAGAAUUUUCGAAAUCGGUUGACGUGGUCCAAAGUUAUGCGGUAACAUACUUAAAAAAAAAUAUUCCUUUUUUUGAAGUCGGUUAAUUAUUUAUGCAGCAACAAAAAUUAGGUCAAUUCUAAUAUUCAGUAAGUCAGCCUCAUCUGAAGUCACCAAAUUCGAGAUUAUUAUUAGUGACAAUUUUUUUGACUUGAGACGGUUUGGGUCAGCCAGGAAAAAAUCCGAAAAUGGACCGUUUUCCUAUUACAUUUUAAGAUACUUAGACGAUUCGUUUUUCUACUAAAGUAUGCGGCAGAAACUUUUGUAUGUACAGAAAAGUACCGAAAAUUUUGUUAAAACGGAUAAUUUUUUGGCUGUUUUUCUGAUCGAAUUUUUUCGUUCAAUUCAAUUCAGGGAUAGUCAGCUGUACAUCUAUGUAUGUCAUUUUUCUCGCGGUGCCACAGUGGCCGAGCUAGCAAAGUACCAGCGUGCCAUUGGGGAGGUCCGGGGUUCAAGUAUUCGGCCAACGGACUUUUUCGUUUUUUUUUCGCAGUUUAAUAUAUUUAUAUUCUUUUAAAUAUACCCUGCAGGGAGUGAAAUUGAGACCUGAAUACCCCCGCAUUACCUUUCCACUAACUUGUAACUAUGUAACUACUUUUGGACAUAAAAUAUCAAUAAAAUUUUUUU